AUGGGUUUACCUAUGUUCCAAGAGCCUGACGAGGUUGCUGCCGAGCAAGCCGCUGCAAAACUCGAUCAAAUCGCAGCCGCAGGACGAUCGAGUAUCCGCCGCGAGUCCACCGUCCGACCAGGCCGAUUUGCUGCUAGUCGUCGCGCUGCCAUCGAACGAGUACGAGAAGAGGUAGAAGAACGCCGCCGCCGCCGCCGUGAGGCUGCCGAGGAAACAAACAGCUCUUCCCACCCACAGUCUCAACGGGAGCCACCCCGGGAAGAUCAGGGAUUAGAAGCCGAGAUGGAGCGCAUGCGGUCGGUCAGGAUGAGGCAGCGAAGUCAUAUGAGUGCCAUUGAGCGGGUGCUUGCCAGGAGAGGCAAUACCGACUCAGAACACCGGAGUGAUAUGGAUGUCGCACCCUUGAGCCGACCACGCGGCGAGCCCGAUAGAGGAACACUAGACGACCUUGCUUCGCGUGGUGUCGUCUUCGACCCUCUUGAGUCCGAGGCUGAGGAGGCCAAUCCUCGACCCCUUCCACGCCCGUUAAGAGAGUCCGGCUUGAGAUUCGAAAUGGGCUUGAUACCAGAGCCUGAGUCAGAACCCUCCAGGCGCCCUCGAUUUUCUGUUACUCGUUCGAGAAGAGUCGCCAGCCCGUCCGGAAGCAGAAGACCGCCCUGGUCAUUCUCAGUCCACCCUCCCACUCUAUCCGCCGAUCCGGAGGACGAGGAAAACGAAAAUGGAUACCGAGCUACUUCACAAUCUCGGGGAUUGGAGCAACCCCACGGAGAUACUGCGAUCAGCACUCCCCCCUCAGAAGGCCUCGAAGCUGCAUAUCCACCCUUGCGACGUGUCAAUCAUAUUUCGCCUCGCCCGCUGGGCGAGUCAAGACCAAGGGUUGACGGACUUGGGGACCGCUUGCGUAGUCCAAGCCCCAUGUCUGAUGGGCCAGUGGAGGAGAACUGGGAACCGCUCUUGGACACAAUAACAACAGGCCGCUCAAGUACAGCGACUUCCUUUUUAUCGUCGGGGUCGAACUCCAGGACUGGCUCGAACCAAUCGUCUCAGGCAACGACUGCUACGACCAGCUUUGGCGAGAUAGGCGGGGACGAUUCGUGCGACUUGGAUCUUCCCUCGGGCAUUACUGAAGAGGAUGUCCGGGAAAUACGUGCGCGACACGGAAGGUUACCCAGAAGUACUUCCGCUCGUCUGGGAAGACCCGACACGCGGAACAGCCUGGUGUUUGAGUCGUCGAAUCAGAGCGAUCCUUCAAGGAUAAAUGAGAGGGUUCUCGAAUUGGAAAUGCUCGGAGUUAUUCUCGAUCGGAUGCAGAGGAGAGAAGAGAUCCCGGAUGACUUGUGGGCCGCCGUUGGUCUGUCGCCAGAUAUUGUAAGAGGGACCCCCUUUGAUCUAGCCAGACAAUAUGCCUGA